UUUUUGACAUUCUUAUUCUGACAAAAGAAAAUGUUUCAGUAACAUAGGAAGAAAAAAAUAACAUUAAAUUCAAUGUUUAAUAAAUGCACAGCGUAUUUUAUUGAUGGCGGAAGUUUAUGUGAUUGGACAAAUACUGAAGGCUGUUGAUUUCCACGAACCCCACAUAUUUUGCAAGUGGAGCUUACAAAGCGGUACUGCUUGGCGCAUAACACAAGGCGAAGCCCAGGGCCAAACAUUUGUCUCCGGCAAUCGCUUAGAAUCCUCCUCAGAUUUCUGCCAACCAUUGGACAUACAUUUGGCCACAGCUUCGGUACAAGGUUGGCCAAAACUUCACUUGGAGAUACAUGCGGUUAAUGUUCUAAAUAAAAGUUGGCCCGUGGGUUAUGGUUUUGUACACUUACCCAGCAAACCUGGACUGCAUCGUUUGGAAGUUUUAACUUGGAAAAUAGCUCCACGUUCGUGGUACGAUAAUUUAAGGGAGAAAUUUGGUGGAGGUGGUCUGGCAUUGUGCAAAGAAGAUUUAAUUUUUACAGGCUUGGAAAGAUAUAAACUACAAACUCGUUCUUCCGGCAAAGUCAUCAUAGAUAUCAAUUUGAUUUUUCGCAAUUUUGCUAAAUUUGGCAUUGAAUUUAAAUAGCAUGGUUUCUCUUAAAAUUUUCUU